AUGGGUAAAAGCAGUAAGGAUAAGAGAGAUCUCUAUUACAGAAAGGCAAAAGAAGAAGGCUGGAGAGCACGUUCUGCCUUUAAAUUACUCCAAUUAAAUGAACAAUUUGACCUUUUCAAAGAUGUCAAAAGGGUAGUCGAUUUAUGUGCAGCUCCUGGUUCUUGGUCUCAAGUUUUAAGUAAGGAGAUUUUCAAAGACGGUAAAAAUGAAGAUGCCAAAAUUGUUGCUGUGGAUUUGCAACCAAUGUCCCCAAUAGAUAAUGUCAUUGAGCUGCAAGCAGAUAUUACACACCCAAAAACACUUGAAAAAAUCAUGGAUAUCUUUGAUGGUGAAAAGGCUGAUUUUGUUUGUUCUGACGGUGCACCGGACGUUACUGGUAUGCAUGAUUUGGAUGAAUAUAUUCAGGCCCAACUAGUGCUUAGUGCUCUGCAACUUGCAACUUGUAUUCUGAAGGAGGAUGGCACUUUUGUGGCUAAAAUCUUCAGAGGUAGAGAUAUUGAUUUGCUAUAUAGUCAGUUAGGUUAUUUGUUUGAUAAAGUCAUUUGUGCGAAACCAAGAUCUUCAAGAGCAAGUUCUUUGGAAGCAUUCAUUGUUUGUAUAGGGUAUAAGCCAAGACCUGGAUGGAUACCCAGCCUCAAACCAAACCUAUCAACUGAAGAAUUCUUCCAAGAUAUGAAAAUUGGUAGGUCCGAAUUGAGUGAGGACUUAGCUUUUAAUGAUGAAGAGAGGAAAGUUGCACCUUUUGUUGCAUGUGGAGACUUGAAUUCUAUUGAUUCAGAUGCAACUUAUGCGUUGGAUGAGAAUUUUAAAACCCUAAGUUUGGAUCCUGUGCAAUCACCUACUGCUCCACCUUAUAAGAAGGCAUUGGAGUUGAAGCGUAAAGGUCAAUUGAAGAUUGUAAAAUGA